CGUACGACUGAGAGCAUGCACAUGGACAUGUCUCCUACCGGUGUUCUGGAACUGCCGAAUGUGUCCAUGAAAUCCAGUUUGGAUAUUCCCCACAUUCGACCCGGUUUCGAGGUACGUGUGGGUGCAGAUGAACAGCGCAUCUACGCAUUGUGAACGCACUGUAUUAAAUGCAUCAGCCUUCACAACCUACCCAAGAGCAAAGAUGACAUGGUGGUAUUUGCAUACUGAAUUGUGAUUGGUCUGAAUGUUGACCAGAAACUUCUUAAAACUUAAUUAGCAUGACCAUUCUCUCGCUGUCUUGCAAGCAAUGGUAUUUCCAUCAGGAAAUGGAAACAGUUUGUUUAGAAACGCAUUCAGAGGCUGAGCCAAGUUUAUGGCAACAGGACUCAUCAAAGAACAGAAACCUCAGUGGCAUGAAAAUGAACGGCGAAGGCACUGGUAUAGGAGGUCCAACCCCAGCUGUGGUGGGGUAUUUGGGAAAACGUGAAGAUAAAAAUGGCUCAUCUGGGAACUGUCCGUGGUGCUUGGCAAAAGGUCAGACAAAUGCUUUGCGGUUCUAUGCUGUCAACUUGGAGGAGACCGUUUUGCUCUGUACAAACCCAGUGUGCCUUUACCCAUUGGUUAGUCGACCUCUGGAAGAUGUGCGUGCUAGUUUGCCCACACUUAAAGAUCUGGAUGGAUGCAAAAGGAAAGCUUCUUCCCUGUCUGUGGUCGAGGACGUAUCCUCCCCUUCAAAGCAAUUGAGAGAGGAGAAGCUGGAAAUUUUGUCUACAGUGUCUGAGCCAUGUGUUGUGGAUCUUAAUGAAUGCACACCUCCAAAUGACACUGUUCAAAAUGAAACAUUUAUGGAUGAUCAGUCAAUACUGGAAAAGAACACUGAGGAACAAUAUCCUGAAGUGAAAACAAUUAGCACUGAUGUGGAUUUAAAUCUGUGGGGCACGAAGGACGGCUGUGUAUCUAGCACUCAAGAUGAGGUCAAGGAGACGUUUGGAAUGAAUGUUGAUGUGAAAUCAUCAGCAGAGCUGGUUCCUGUGCAGCCACAUCUCUUUUGGAAAAACGAGGAUAACCUGUGUUGGUUGGAUUCAUUGUUGGUGAUGCUUGUGAACUGCAAGACUAUCAGAGAAACUCCAUGUCAGAAUGUAAGGCUGACCGACAAGUUGACGUCAGCGCCUUGCAGCAGCUCUGCUGUUUGGAACCUUUGCUCAGCAUACGACAAGACAUGUGCCUAUCUACAGUCCAAGCAACUGCAGGAUGAAGGUAAAAACAAGGUAACCAGAGUUCCUGCUGAUGUCCUGGAGGAGGCUGAGCGACAGCUCUCUGCUCUCCGUCUGUCAUUCUUCAAACUCCUUCAGCCCACACUCAAGUGUGAAAUUGGUCAGCAGGAAACACCUGUUUUUGCACUGCCUCUUCUUCUCCGGUCGGAUAAAUGGGCUCAGGAUCUUUUCCAGCAUACCAUCUGUUGGGAAUUUAAGUGCACAGCCUGUGGUUAUACUCUCAACGACAGUGUUGAGAAGACUCUUACAACAUUCACUCGUAUUCUUUCUGACUGGCACCCGCUAAAAGCAAUCCACCGCACUCAAUGCAGUAACUGCAACCGCAAAAACCAGAGGAGAAAAAUGGUGCCUGAGAGGCUGUCCUCUGUAUUUGCUCUGCACUUUGUGGAGGGCUUGCCAAGGAAAGACCUCUCUAGAUACUCUUUUGAGUUCCAGGGCUCUCAGUACAAUGUUAGGACUAUAAUCCAGUUCAAUAAGAAUCUCCAGCACUUUGUCACCUGGAUCCACCAGAGUAAUGGAUCAUGGCUAGAACUUGACGAUUUGAAAUACCCCCGCAGCAUCACCCACAAACGGUUAACACUGCCUGCCAAUGAAAUACAUGUUGUUUUCUGGGAGGUAGACUCCAACAAAGAUAGAGCCUCAGAGAUCUGCCCACUGACAACUCCCCUGGCAGUCUCAAAUGUUGACAAUAAUAAACUCCUUCACAAACUGUCAGAUUCUGCUGCCAAUGACACGUCUGUCCUCGGUACAAUCACUGUAAAUGAGGACAAGGAUUUGGCUGUUGCCAGUACCAUAGAUGCAUCUAUUGGCAAUACCACAUUAAUGGAUGCUUUCGAGGGACUUUCACACACAGACAUUAUGACCCUCACUCCAGCCACUAAUGGAACACAUCUUCAGGUUCCCAAGACCCCAGCCAUUGUGCCAGCUGUCCUCCCAUAUCUUCCAAAAGCAUCUAGUUUGUCUCGUAACUCUGAGUCCGUUUGUCAACCCUCAAGUCCUCCAAAACGCCAGAGAUGCAGUUCUGGUUCUAAAGAAGAAUCUUCUUUAGUAGCUCCAAAAAUAACUCUGCCCUCAGUUGGGAGGUCAUCAGUACCUACAGAAAAACAUGUCCCUUUACCCCUUGCGUCAAGUGGUAGUACUCUCGCUGGUGCACUAAGCUGUUCCACCUUACUUCAGCGCUAUGCUUCAUUCCAGUCUACACCAGUAAAACCUCAUCCUUCUGCCCCCAAACCAAAACUAAAAUAUGAAGGCAGUGAAGCUCUGCCAGCAAAGCCAGCUGAUUUGUUUGGUGGUUUCAUAACCAAGAAAUUGCCUAAUCUGCCAUAUCCUGGCGGAGUUGUGAAAAAUCCUUCAGUAGUACCUCAGCAGAAACCAAUCAACCCUCCUGGAACCAUGUGCCCUCCUGGGAAAGUGUCUGAGAUCUUCAAAUUUUCUGGUAAGAAAACUCCAAAACUUUCAGUUUCCAAUCAGCCACUUGGCACUACUGAAGCCCUCAGGCUAAAGCUAAUGAAGAAGCUCAAGGCCAAAAAAAAGAAACUUGCCAAGCUUAAUGAGCUUCUUGGAAACAGAGAAGCUACACCCAAACCGGACAGCACAGCGUUUUCGUCGCCCUACUCUGUCACUUCAAGUACCUCAGCGUACAGCCCAGCAUAUGACCAGUUCUUUGCCGAGCUUUUGUCUCCUGCAACCACCGUUAGCAACCUCUCACCUGAUAGUACAGGUCUCCUGGAGAUGUUGAACAACAGCCAGAAUGUGGACACAACAAAUGGAAGUGAACAGGUAAAUUCUUCUGCUGCAACUGUGGUUCCAGAACCAACUUUCCAGAACUACGCCCCCUCUACAAAUGAUUCGGCCAUGGCUCUUGAUGAAUAUUUGGAAACAUGGAUGGGGCAAACUUCUACAGAGAACAAAGAUUUUAAUGCUUUAGAUCUCUUUUUCUGAUUAAGGAAAAGCUUUUAGACUUUAAGAACCAUGAGUUUGGUCUGGUGUUGUUCCUAAACUCACUUCUUUAUAUUUUUGUAUUGAGGAAGAAUUUUGAUGGGAACACCCUGUAGUACAUUGUCAGUUCAUCAGAAUCCAGAGUUCAUAUUUUGUCUUAUUCACUUGAAGGCUAAGAAAACAUUAAAUGGGGCAGUCUAGACAAAAUGUUUGAAGAUCAAAUUAUGUGUUAUGUACUUGUAAGAUUUGUGCAGCGUUGUACAGUUGUCUGUUUAAUUAUUAAUUUUUUAUUCAUUCUUGUUUUUUUUUAAUGGUCAGUGUAUUUAAUCUAAGUUAUUAAAUGCUCUCAAAAUCUGAA